AUGAUUCGUGAUCUGGUGUACCUUACGGAGGAUUUCAGUGUCCGUUGUUGUUACGUCGUCAUAGUGUUGAAUUACUGGAAACCGUUUCAGUUGCAGGCAAGACGUGAGUCUGUGCUUCAUGUCAAGUAUGCACCUUUCGCCUGGUAUAUACCAGGAUCACAAUAGUUAUAGUUUCUAAGCGCUUUUGUUUCUUCCUUUAGUUCAUGGAUUUUUUGGUUAUUGAACACAUUUCAUCAGUACCUAACGCAUUUUUUGAUAUCGGAUUUCGUCCUCUCAACCGAGAAGUUUUUAUCACAUUCACUAUCGUGAUAACUUUGGUGAUUUGGUCCGCAAUAUAGUGCAGCUGAAUUCGCUCUAUCCCUCCUAAUGAGAAACCAUUUGUCUGUUUUCACUGUGUCUGUUCCUUUUUACCGCUUUUCUCGCAUAUAUCUUUCCGUUUUUGCGAAGCAUUUAUAACUAGCGUUUCUUUUCUUAUCCGUGUUUUUGCCAACCUUGUUUAUAUAGCGAGUCGCAUUGUGCUUUCGAUUGUAUCCAACUGGCUAACAUAUGUCUGAAAAUUGUUGCGAAGUGUGGCGAUACGAUUUUCGUCCGUACCCUACCACCAUUUUAGAUUUAUCCAAACGCCGGCUUUAUAUCCAUCUGUACGGACUCGACUUGCACGUCUUCAAUCGGACGUCUGUUUACGAUAACCUUCGGAAGCUGUUUGAGAUAAAACCUCAAACUGAUGGCUCUGACAAUUCCAAGGAUGACCACCAGCACCAUCCUUCGUUAGUUAUCAUUCAUCCUGAUGCUCCUUAUCCUGCGUCAACCGAUCGCGAUCCUAUUCAUCCUGAGUGAGUUCUGCCUUUUUACCCAAAUUUUGCACCCGUGGCUACUGCGAGAAAGGAAUUGCUUCGAUUUUCAAGACAUAAGAUCGGCAAGCCCAAAAUCUUUUUUUUGUAUCCAAUCAAGUAAAAAAUACCACCAUUGUAAAUUGAACAACUCCAUAUCGCCAAACUGAGCAACUACAAUAGCUCAGAUCCGGUUGGGAGACCGUAUCUUUUUACUCCACUGGCAAAUUCUGUUAAAUCUACCGAGACUGUUUUGUCUGUAUUUUGACAAAAUUCGUAACUUGUCUGCAUGAAAAUUAGUCAAAGCAGAGUUGCAGAUGUUAAAACAUUAGGCUAUUUUCCCUAUCGUGUACGAUUUUAAGAAACGGGUGUUUUUUCAUUCGAGACACCCUAUCAAUUGAGACUUAAUGAUUUUCGAAAUUGCAGCAAACGAUUAUGCGUUUACUUGCUAAUGCCCACACUUCAUUUAAUUAGAACUGAACCCGCGUCAGAAAACUAUAUGGGUUGGAUAUGGACACGAUGUGAAUUGCUGUUUCCCGUUGUGAAGUUCAAUUUGGAAAUGGUAUGUCUUUGAGAAUACCGAAUCAAUGUUUCAUUCAUUGAUCCGACGCAUUGUUUUUAGUACUGGAGGUUUAAAACCCGAUAUUUUGUACAUUUUGGCAACUGGUUUGAGCAAGCAUUUGAUUACUGCAAACUUGAUCUCAUAAACUGGUCCUUUUCAGUAGACUAGUGGUUGAACCUGGUUCCAACGAAAAACCUAAAGUUCAUGAUGUGUCCAGGCACGCUCAAUAAUUUUUCUAGUCAUUUUGAUAAGGAGUGCUAUAAUUAGGAAAUUCCCAGCAAAUUACAGACGAACCUAGCAGCAGAGAUUUGAGCCUUUGGUGAUAGUAUCAAAAUAAGCAAUUCUAUUAAGAGAGCAGUUCCAAUCCUUUGAGGAUGAAAAAACUAGCGAUUCUGGACACUAACUGCGUCACUUCGAGAAACGCCAGUGUUCUUGUGCACGUAUAACCACGAAGUAGCUGCUGGAGUAAUUUUUGCUCCCAUGACCUAUGCCGAUUGCCGUUUGUUCGGGCUUUAAGUAGGGAAGACGCCACCAGGCUAAGACUCAUGGAAAUGACCACUCAGAUACUGAGUAUCUGGGAAAAGGUCUGACGCUGUGGUGACCCCGAUCUUAUGAUUGCCUGUAA